AUGGAAGAUCCCGUGCAUUGGCUGGAGUCUGCUGAAACAUGCGACUGUGACCAAAGCACCGUCGGAAGCGCUUGGUCUCUGCUGCGAAAAGCCUGGGGCUGCAAGAAAAGUGGCAACUGCUUCAUUCCUGCAGAAAAGCUGCAGGAGGCGGAAGAGCAGUAUUCAUCCGGGCUCCGCUCUGUCGCUCGAGCUGUGGGUCUUGUGGCCCUGGAAUCCCUGGAGACAGAAGACCCUUUUGAGCACCGAGACUUUCAGCGGACCGCAAAACUUGUGGAAGGAGCCCUUCAUCGUAACCUCAGCCUCACGGCGCAGCGGCAGGGCAACUACACCGCUGCCUUGCGCCACGCAGAUGCAAGCCUUCUAGCUGAACCUGGCAACCUCAAGUCGAAAUAUCGACGUGCCCUGGCUCUGCUGCACUUGAACCGUGAAAGUGAGGCGGAUGCCAACCUCAGGGAGGUCCUGGCGAAGGAGCCCCAGAACAUGGACGCCCGUCGAUUGCUGCAGCGUGUGCAGAGGCCUUUGGCGGCCCCGACACCUGCAACUCCUUCGAGCACAGAGGCUGAUAGGCCGCAACCGCACAAGCAGAAAACCUGCCACUGCGGUAUUUGCGAGCUUUGGGCAGACAAGCUUUCUGCUGACACUGCAGCUGACCUGUUGCAGUCUGGGGGAGCGAAAAUGCUCCUUGCCCGCCGGGACUCCCGAGGGCGCACAGCUCUACACUUGGCUGUGAUGCAAGAAGAGGCCAACCCGAAUGCUUCGUCACAGACAAGCGCUGCAUGCGGCAGGUGCCAGGGAUUGGUCGAGGCGUUGAUUGAUGCCGGAGCCGAGGUGGAGCUGACUGACGAGGAUGAAAGGACCCCUCUCCACCUGGCAGCUUUGGAAGGCCGCCCCAAGGCGGUGAGCCUGCUGCUUGAUGCGGGCUGUUUGCCCGACACGCUGGAUCGCUUUGGGCGCAGUCCACUUUACUACGCCGCUGCUGCAAACCACCGCGAUGUGGUGGCGCUUCUCACUGAUCGAGGGCAUGCAGAUCAAAGUAUCCUUUUCCACGCCCUAAAGGAGAAGUUCGGUACACACAACUUUGUCCUGCAUGAUUGGCCGGAGUACAACGGCUGCUGGAUGUCGUCGAAAGAAGGACGACUUCCUGAUUUGCCGUUGCGGCCUGUG